AUAUGACUCUGGUCUCGAAUGAUUCCAGUUGGUGGCCAUUCAUCAAUGGGAAAUUUAUUUUCAGCUAUUUUAUCGUUGCUGCCUCUGUUGGGCUAAUGUACGAUUGGGGUGAGCAAAACUGAGUAUAAAAGAACCACUGAUAUCCUUGAUGUAUUCUCAGCGCUUACGUUUGGACAAGAGGUUGAAUUGAUCUGGAGGCAGCGGUGGUCCCUGAUGACCUUUCUCUAUCUCAGUGUGCGAUAUGCUGGAAUAGGAUAUGUUGUGAUGUACAUGUUGGUCAAUGUUCCGACAAUUUCGACGACGGAUACAGUGAGCCUUAUCGUGUAUAACGCAUGUAGUUGGAUGAGUGACAUUGUAAAUGCAAUACUGGGCGUCAUCAUGAUCGCUCGAUUAUAUGCCAUGUAUCAGCGAUCCAGAAAGAUGCUGAUAUUUCUCAUUGUCAUCUUUCUGGCCAUCAGAAUCGCCAACGCAGUGAUGUCCGCGAUAAUAACGAUGCAGACUUUAGGGGAGGAAUUGGUUCUCUCCGGCAUCCAUCAGUGCUUGAAUGUCUAUGCGGGAAAUACCCAACUUAUGGUUUCCAUGACUUGGAUGCUUGACACUGUAUGGGAGGUCCUUGCGCUGUGUCUUGCAGUCUGGAUUGCUGUAAAGCACUUCCAUGAACUACGACAACACUCAACAACAGGUAUUAUUAGGGACUGUUUCACAGUGUUAAUGCAAACUCACGUUAGUUACUUUGCAAGUUUUUUGGCUAUCUCUUGCUUCCAGAUUGGUUUCUUUUCUCCAACGCUCUCAGCGGACCAAUACUCCCUGGAUACUCAGAUUUAUCUUGGUGUCCGUAAAAUAUUCCAGAUCGUGGAGUUGUUUGUGCUGGGACCACGCCUGAUCCUCGGUGUUCGAGAAUACCAUGCUGAGCUCGUGGCCAACUACGACACAGCAAUCGCCAUGACUUAUCAGGAACGCGUCCAUGUGUCAACUAGCAGUAGUGUGUAGUGCAGGAGAUGCUCGCUAUGAUUGAUUUGCGAUGGGCGGGUAGUAUGCAGGGAGCGGGAGAAUUUGUUUUUAUUUAUUCCAGCUUUGUUGUGGUACUUAUUUAUGUAACUUGCGAAGUAGAUAUAGG